UGGGACAGAUGAGAGACAUGUUUCUAUUGGGUGUGCUAGGGUUCGCUGAUGUAUUGGAUGAGGUUGUGGUAUUUUGCAUGUCAGUUCGUAGAAAUACAGCUGGGAGGUCUGAGAUGCGUGAGCUUGAAGAAGGACUUGGGAAGUGAAAAAGGGUCGGAUGUAGGGGUUUUAAAGGAAGCUAUAUACACUUAUUUAUAUUUUUUUUUAGAAAGGAACGAAAGACCAAAGAUAACUUAUUAAAACCAAAAUGCUUUGCCUUGUUACGAGGCCGGAUUCGGUGGUUAUGGAGGUGGAAGUUGAUACGAAAGCAAAUGGAGAAGACUGCUUGAAUAAGGUUUGCAGGAAAUUGGGAAUAAUAGAGGUGGAUUACUUUGGGCUCCAGUUCUCUGGCAGCAAAGGAGAGAGUUUAUGGCUGAAUUUGAGGAACCGGAUCUCCCAGCAGGUGGAUAGCCCAGCACCCUGCAGACUGAAGCUGCGAGUGAAGUUCUUUGUUGAGCCACAUCUCAUACAACAGGAGCAGACUAGAAAUCUAUUCUUCAUGCAUGUAAAAGAGGACCUGCACAGUGGUCGUCUGCAGAGUUUGCCUGAACAGGCAGAAGAGCUGUGUGCGCAAGUGGCUCAGGCAGAAUUUGGAGACUACAACCAGAACACUGCCAAGUACAUCUAUAAAGAAAUUUGUGGGAAGGACCCUAGUCCAAGGGUACAAAACAGUAUCAUUGCAAAGCACAAAGCGCUGGAAGGAAUGAGUCAGUCAUCGAUGGAGUACCAGGUCCUGCAGAGUGUAUCCACUCUGGAGAACUAUGGUGUGGAGUGGCACUGGGCGAGGGACGGGGAAGGGCAGAAGCAGGUGAUUGGAGUGGGACCAGACGGAAUAUCGGUCUGCAAGGAGGAUUUCAGUCUUAUUAACAGGAUCACUUACCCAGUAAUUCAAAUAGCUACUCAAUCAGGAAAGAACGUCUACCUGACAGUAACCAAGGAAACUAUCAACAGUGAAGAACUUGUCUUCAAGCUCAUCAGCACCCGAGCGGCUAGUGGACUUUACAGAGCAAUAACUGAAACCCACGCUUUCUACAGGUGCGACACAGUAACGAACGCUGUCAUGAUGCAAUACAGCCGGGAUUUUAAGGGACACCUGGCGUCUUUAUUCCUUAACGAGAACAUUAACCUGGGCAAGAAAUACGUCUUUGACAUCAAGCGCACGUCCAAGGAGGUGUACGACCAUGCGCGGCGGGCCUUGUACAAUGCUGGCAUUGUAGACUUUGGAUCUCGGAGAGACAGCAGCUCCCAGAACUCUCCGCUCAAGUCCUCAGAGAGCAAUCUGAACUGUGCAAGCUGUGAGGGGCUGAGCUGUCAGCAGAGCAAAGCCUUGCAGGACAAGCUGCAGAAGCUGAAGGAGGCCAUGCUCUGCAUGGUGUGUUGUGAGGAGGAGAUCAACUCUGCCUUCUGUCCCUGUGGACACAUGGUCUGCUGCAAAUCCUGUGCUGCCCAGUUACAGUCCUGUCCUGUUUGUCGAUCGGACGUGGAACAUGUGCAGCACGUCUAUUUGCCUACCUGCACCAGCCUUCUAAACCUGACUAUGAUCUGACUGGUCAGUUGAGUCGGUAACACUUCAGCAUGAAGCGAUACGGCCUCUUCAAUCCAACUGCACUACAAAUACUAUACAAAAACAAUUGAAAUAUUAUGUUGUAGACAUAAGACAAAGCAAUUAUUCCUGUGUUUUCUUCAGGCAAAAUCAAGAUGUUCAUAGUGAGCAUAGCGCCACCUACCUGUCACCUUAGGCAGGAAGUUUGUGAACAUUAAUAGCUGUUACAAGGACUUUGAAAAAACCAAUGAGUUGUGUGUUUUUUUUUUGUUUUGUUUUGUUUUUUAUAAUAUAAUUAUUCUUCAUUCAGAAAUGUCAGUUGAUCUGAUCAGAGUAGUGAUGUAUUUUCUCUUGAAUUCUUUAUUUUCUAAUCAUGCAUUUUAUUAUACAUUUUUUGGCUUUUGGAACAUUGCCUAAAACUAAUUGUAUGAGAGGAGGAAAUUAUGUGUUUUUAUUCUGUAUUCGAAACUCCAUACAUAAGCAUGUAUUUUAUUUAGUAUUUAAAUGUUUUAAAAACUCUCUUUUUAAAUUCUUUCUUGUUUUACAUGCAGAAAACUCCACAGCAUAUAUGACCACAUUUUACAUUAUUUUAGUAUGGCGUUUGACUGUUUAAUUCUGUAUGUUAGUUCAUAGACCAAUGUUCAUGCCAAAGUGGGAAAGACCAAGGACAAACCUGGCACAAAAUUGUUUAAAUUUAGGAUUUCUAUAAAUUGAGAUUUUCUGUCCAAAUGUUUUAAAACAGAUUUUUUUUUUUUUUUAAAUCUAAGGAUUUCAGGGUUUAUUAAAUUUUCCCCAGCACUACAUCAUUCACUCUAUAGACUUUGAAAAUAAAUAAAACUACUUCUAGUGCCCUUUGAAUUGAAACCCAAGUUUUUAGUGAAAUAUUCCAUGAUUUUAAAUGUGACUUAAGUUGAACACAUGUGAAAAGAGGUCAAGCAACCUCUGUAUUCUUUAACAGGAGGUAGCGAUUUUCAUUGAGAAGUCGUCCUUAGCCAUUCUAGUUCACCGCAUCAAUAUUCAUAUUGGAGUUUAUCCAAUCGUAGCAGAUCCUAAUUUCGUCACAACUUAUACACUUUUUAUUAGUGCCCGAUGGUCUAGGUAGGGCAAUAUUUUUGUAAUGAAAUCUGCCUGUCCUUGGUUUUCUCUUUCUUUGGUAUGUGGUCACUAGUGGUUUCUUUGAUUGAAUAGAGAGUGCUAGUAGACCUGCGAGUGCAAUACUAGCUGCUCAAAGGCUAGAGGGUAAGGGAGGUGGGGAGGGUGGGAAAACAAAUCUACACUGUCACUUUACCAAGGACAUUUCCUUUAGUGUAUUGUUCAUAGGGCUUGCCUUAAUGUCGCAACAAUGUCGUGUUUUUUUUUUUUGUAUGCAUUCUGUUUCUUCGCACAGACAUUCUUGUUGACAAACAUUAAAGAAGAGAAAUGCUUAACUUAUGAUGGCAUAUUUUUCAGCACACAGCCUUGCUUCCAGAGGUGUUUAUUUUUUCACUUUGUACAAAUGAGUUUUGUUCAGUUUUUCCGAGCAAAAGCACCAACUGUCUGUAAAAUAGAAAUAACUCCUGUCUUUUAUAUUUCUUAAGAGGAAACAAAGUAUUAAUAAAGAUUUUUAAAAAAAAUA